AUGGGGCAGUUGGCGGAUAGAUGGGCUGGUGACCUGCGCACCUUGUGUGAGAUCGCCCAGACUCAACCUCAUGCGGCGUAUACCGUCUUCUCCAAGGCCCUGUCAUCACGGUGGACUUACCACUUGCGCUCAAUGCCGUUCUCGACAGACGUUUUGGAGGCCUUGGAUGAGAUCCUCAGUGACCAUUUCCUGCCGGCUUUGCUGGGUCAUGGAAUUGCGCAGGCCAGCCACCAACGUCGGCUAAUGGCUUUGCCUGUCCGACAUGGGGGCCUCGCCGUCCCCAUAUUGUCGAAGACGGCGGCUGGGGAACAUCAGGCCUCUGUCAGUGCCACUGAUCCUCUGGUUCAGCUUGCGCUAUCAUCGCCUUCGCCUGACUGUGCUGGUGCGUCACUGCCUCCGCCUGCGGGACCGCCUCUGCAUGAUCUUAACCAACCACCUAUGGGACCACCCCCGCAUCAUUGUGCUAAUAUGUCACCGCCUCUGCCUGCUGGGUCGCCUUUGCCUGCCUGUGCUGAUGCGUCGCUGCCUCAGCCUCCGCGGCCGCCUCCGCCUGACUGUGCUGGUGCGUCGCUGCCUCCACCUGUGGGACGGCCCCUACCUGGCUUAGACCAACCGCCGGUGCGACUGCCUUCGCCUGACCGUGCUGCCGUGUCACUGCCUCCGCCUGCGGAACCGCCUCUGCCUGACUGUGCUCGUGCGUCGCUGCCUCCGCCUGGUCUAGACCAGCCACAUGUGCGACCGCCUCCGCCUGAUUAUGCUGGCGCGUUGUCGCCUCCACCUGCGGGUCCGCCUCCGCCUGAUCUUGACCAACUACCUGAUGCCGGAUCGCUCUCUGCGCUGCGUGCGGAGCCUGUUGCCGUGGGAUUAGGCGUCGAAGAGCCUGGCGAGACUAAUCCUAGUGGUCCGUGUGGUGUCGCUGAGGCUGUUGCUGCGGUGCGUGCUGGGCUGCGCCGGGUGAGAGCACGGCGGGACCAGAUUUCGCGUGGUGUGCAGGCAGAGAUUGGCCCUGGACUGUCUCCGUGCCAGCGGCUACUGUUAGAAACAGCGGAAAGCCAGCCGCCGCCAGCCGCGACCAAUAGCUCGCAGUUGCCCAGCUUGGAGACUCGGUCACUCCAGUCACUCACCGGUAACUCUACACUCACCCAGGCCAAUAGCACUCACACACUCUGCCCAGCUGCUCACAUCUCUCCUACACGCACCCUCGCUCACGAGCCAAUCCAUUUGCACACGCCUGUAACCCCCAUUAACGUUUCUUACCUGCAGGACGCUUUGUGUCAGCAUCCUGAUCCGGCUUUUGCCUCAUUCGUAAUACAUUCUUUGUCUUACGGGUUCGAUAUUGGGUUUGCUGGUCCCCGUACCUUCCGAGUCUCUCGUAAUCUCAAAUCAGCGAUUGAGCACCCUGACAUUGUCGAUGCUGCCAUCGGUCGUGAAAUUGCCGCAGGUCGCAUGGCCGGUCCCUACCAAGAGCCCCCCUUCACACUUACACAGGUCUCCGGUUUGGGUGUGGUUCCCAAGAAGUCACGGUCGGUGCAAAAAUGGCGCUUGAUUAUGCAUCUGUCAGCACCACAGGGCCACUCAGUGAACGAUGGUAUCCCUGUCGACAAAUUCUCUGUACAGUACUGUUCGGUCGACGACGGCGUAAAUCUCGCACGGUCCCUAGGCCGUGGCUGCCAUCUGUGGAAGGUCGACCUCCAAGACGCAUUUCGCAUUUGUCCAGUACGGAAAGAGGACUGGGAACUAUUAUGCCUGUUCUGGCGCGGGCAAUAUUACGUGGACAAAUGCCUACCCUUCGGCCUUCGCUCAUCACCGUCGCUGUUUAACAAAGUCGCAGACGCCCUCCAGUGGGUCAUGUCGCACAACUUCGACGUAGCCCCAGUCAUCCACUACUUAGACGACUACCUUGGUGGAGCGACGGACUCUAUCGGCGCACAGCACCAGCUUGACCGUGCCCUGGUAGCCUGCCACGACUUAGGCUUCCCGGUCAAUCCAAAAAAGGUGGAAGGCCCUAGUACAACCCUGACAUUCCUCGGUGUCAUGCUGGACACAGAGCGCUUCGAAAUCCGCCUCCCAUCCGACAAGUUAGAAGACCUUCUCAUUGCCCUCAAGGCUUGGCAACAUACCCGCCCUACCGCCCGCAAGUCUGAAUUGUUGUCCCUGAUAGGUCACCUCAGCUUUGCCUGCAAGGCGGUCCCUGCGGGCCGCAUGUUUCUGCGCCGCCUCAUUGAUCUCAGCACGACGGUCCCGCAUCCAAACGAUUACAUCAGAAUCACAGAAGACGCCAAAGCAGACAUCCAGUGGUGGCUUGACUUCCUCCCUGCCUGGAAUGGCGUCGCCUUCUUCCUAGAACCCACGUGGUCAGCCGCCGCCGAUAUGGACCUCUACACGGACGCAUCUAGAGCCAUCGGCUAUGGUGCUUUCUUCGCCGGCCGGUGGCUCCAACACCGGUGGCAGAGGCACCAAUCCCAGAGAUCCAUCGCGUGGAUGGAGCUCUUUGCCAUCGUGGCCGCAGCAUCCACAUGGGCACCGCAGCUGCAUCUGAAGCGCAUCCGCUUCCACUGCGACAACCGUAGCGUAUGCGACAUCUGGCUCCGCUCACGCACAAAGUGCCCCGACUUAAUGGCGCUGGUACGCACUUUGUUUGCCAUUGCUGCCCGACACAACUUUCACGUCAUAGUCUCCCACAUCCCCGGCACUGACAAUGCGAUUGCUGACUCUCUGUCUCGGUUUCAGAUGGCCCGAUUUCGCCGACUGGCACCCACAGCAGAAGACACGCCAUCUCCGGUGCCCGAGAGCACCUACUCCCUCUGA